AUGGGUAUUAAAAUAUUGAGAGUAAGUAAAAUGCAAAAUAAAUGGAAUAAUAAAUUAUCAACAUUGAUUAACCAGUCUAAUUAUAUUGGGAAUAUAAUGACACAACCAGGUGAUAAUUCUGAUUUAUCAGGAAAGGUUUCUAAUUUUUCUGAAAAGUACGCCAUGUUUAUUUUGCCAUUCGUGACGACAUUAAGAGAGGGAAUGGAAGCUAUAAUUUUCAUAGGAGGUAUUCGGAUCAACGAGAAUACUUCAAUUUGGGCUAUUUUUAAUUCAUUUGCAACAGCGUUAAUUUUUGGUUCGCUAAUCGGUGUUUUACUCUACCGCCUGGAAACACAUUAUCCUUGCAAUGGUUUUUGA